AUGAUCGAGAGGUAUUGCGACCCCAAUGGAUGGUACGACGUUACACGGUACCAAACUGCUGACGAGGGGUAUAAUUAUCCGAGACCGCCAAGUCCGCUUAUACCAGGUGGUCCAGGUGGAGGUCCCGGUACUGGAGGAUUUCCAGGGACUCCCGGGGGAUACCCAUCUACGCCUGGUGGCCCCGGUGGAGCACCAGGAGGUCCUGGUGGACAGCCUGGCGGACCUGGGAAACCUGGUGGUUUUCCAUCCGGCGGGCCAGGAACGGGCUUUCCAGCGGUGAACCAACAGGUGGUGGAUUUCCUGGUGGCCGACCUGGUGGCCAAAGGCCAGGCGGCUUUCCAGAUGGCCAAGGACCAAGCGGGGGAUAUCCCAGUGGACAGACUCCUGGAGGUUAUCCCGGUGGAGCACAGAAGCCUGGUGGUCCGGGAAGUGGAUAUCCUAGUGGAGGACCCGGCACUGGCUAUCCAGGAGGUGCUCAGAGACCUGGCGGUGGUCCAGGUCCUCAAGGACCAGGAGGAUACCCAGGACCAGGCGGACCAAGUGGCCCUGGAGGUCCUGGAGGUCAGCAAGGCCCAGGUGGACCGUCUACCGGUGGUUACCCUGGUACUAGACCAGGACCUCAAGGGCCAGGAGGCUAUCCAAGUGGGCCAGGAACUCAAGGGCCAGGAGGUUAUCCGAGCGGACCAGGAACACAAAGGCCAGGAGGCUAUCCAAGCGGUCCAGGACCGCAAGGACCAGGAGGCUAUCCGGGUGGACCGGGAACACAAAGGCCAGGAACACGAAGACCAGGAGGCUAUCCGAGUGGCCCGGGACCACAAGGACCAGGAGGCUACCCGAGUGGCCCGGGACCACAAGGACCAGGAGGCUAUCCGAGUGGCCCGGGACCACAAAGACCAGGAGGCUAUCCGGGUGGCCCGGGAACACAAAGGACCGCAAGGACCAGGAGGCUAUCCGGGUGGUCCGGGACCGCAAGGACCAGGAGGAUACCCAGGUGGACAAGGUCCACAAGGACCAGGCGGUUAUCCGGGUGGGCCUGGUCCAAUAGGGCCUGGAGGACCCGGAGGACCGGGUGGGCCCGGAGGACCCGAAGAUACCGGAGAAUAUCACGGUGGUGAUGAAGGGAAAUACGACGAAGGUGAUUACUCGGCCAUUCCAGGAGAGCCUGGUCGCGACUAUCCUAUAUAUAGUGAAAUUCCGGAGACCAGCUUCAGUUGCGAUACCCAACAACUCCCUGGUUAUUACGCCGACGUGGAAGCUCAGUGCCAAGUUUUUCACAUAUGUGCAAACAAUAAGACGUACGACUUCCUUUGUCCGAACGGGACGAUUUUCCAUCAACAAUUCUUUGUCUGUGUCUGGUGGAAUCAAUUCGACUGCAGCACCGCGCAAAGCCUUUACUAUUUGAAUGAAAAUCUGUACGAUUAUACUAUAAUGGGAACACCAGAAUUCCCAGGAAUCGGAGGACCUGGUACAUAUCCAGGAGGUCCUGGAGGUCCCGGAGGACCUGGCACAUAUCCAGGAGGUCCCGGAGGACCUGGUACAUAUCCGGGAGGUCCCGGAGGACCAGGAGGUCCAGGAGGUCCAGGAGGUCCCGGGGGACCAGGUGGCCCAAGUUAUCCAGGAGGUCCGGAACGUCCUGGCGGUCCAGGCACUUAUCCAGGAGGACCUCAAGGCCCAUCGGGACCAGGAUAUCCUGAAGGACCGCAAGGUCCAGGAAAACAACCUCAAGGACCUUUCGGACCAAGCGGUCCAGGAGGUAGUUUCCCAGGACGACCGGGAGGCUCAUCCGGCCCAGGUUAUCCUGGUCCAGGAGGCCCUAGUAAACCAGGGCCCGGAUACUUAGGUCCCCCGUCAGGGCCUCAAGGACCUCAAGGGCCUCAAGGACCACAGGGACCUCAAGGGCCUCAAGGACCAGGAUAUCCUGGAAGACCUCAGGGGCCAUCCGGCCCUACCGGACCGACGAGACCUCAAGGGCCUAGCGGUCCCGGCGGCUACCCCGGACCAAGCGGACCGUCUCCAGGAUAUCCAGGCAGUCAACCUCAGAGACCAACGGGACCACAAGGUCCAGGUAGUUAUCCGGGCCCAGGCGGACCUGGUGGCCAACCGCAGGGACCUAGCGGGCCGGGAUAUCCUCCGAGCGGCAGACCAAACGGCCCAUCGUUCCCGGGUGGACCCGGUGGGCCAUUAGGACCAGGGGGUAUCCCGGGGAAGCCGGGCGCACCGUUCCCGCCGCAGGGCCCCUCAAAGCCAGAUCGUGAGUACUUGCCGCCGAGGGCUGGAUAAUCGUGAAUCCAAGGCGCUCCAGCCGGUAUCUAACGACGACUCCCACCGUUGUUAAUGCUGGAUGACACGUGUAAAUACGAGCCUCUUUACCUGUGUAAUCUAAGUGAUGUCGGUUAUUCGUAUUAUUGCAUUUUCAC